CAAAAGACCGAUAGUGAGUAAUGGGUCCAUAGGGUUCGUACGUUAGGGCUCGAUCGGUGAAAAAUGUGACACAACUUGCACGAAGAGCUGCUGCCGUGUGUUUUUAUGUACAUGGCGCAGAACUACAAAAGACGAGCCAACAUCAGAGGAACCUGUUGUGAGAGAACCACAUGAAGCGAUCAACAUCUGUCACAACAUGGAGGAAUAAAUCCCCCAUGGUCACAAUUAGUACAGGCAGGUAAACCACCUGUACAUUUAUUGAACAGAAAGUUGUUGUUAUACUUAGAAAGGCGCACGAUCAAUGCACACUCCGGCCAUGAUCAACCCGAUUAUUUACCAGCCUAAUUGCGAGGCCUAGGACCUGCUGUUAGUGUUACCAAAUGGAGUGAUUAUUCCAAAGUGGAUGAAUUUGGAACCAGCGUACCUCAAAGUUGUUUACAGAACGUACAUAUGUUUUUCCUGGCGAUGGUGUAGCACUUUCAAAUGACUCUUGAAGAAACAACCGUUUGUCCCCGGUUCAACAUAACACACAAAAGUCAUGGCACAGGGGCGCAUCCAGGGCUCACUAUCGGCCCUUGGUAUCUCCCCUUAUCGCGGAAACUCAUACGAUCUCCGCGUAGACCUCAACUAUCGCAAUCUCCAAAAGCUGCCGUCGGAUUUAUUCAGUAUCAGCGAGCUGCAGUGGCUGAACCUCAAUGUGAACAGAAUGAAAGACCUCCCUGCCGACUUGGCACGUCUCAGCAAGCUCAAGUGGCUGUACUUAGAGAACAACUCCUUCGAGAGGUGUCCAGACGUUGUCUGCCAGCUUCCCGACCUUGUCAGGCUCUACUUCAGCUGUAACUCACUGUCCUACCUCCCGGGUGAGAUCAGUAACUUGAGAAAUCUGAGGUGGUUGGAUCUCUCGGAUAACCAGUUCACUGAGUUCCCAGCGGUGCUCUGCGGUGGAUCACUGACCUUCCUUGAGAAACUAUUUCUUGACAGCAAUAAAAUCACCUACCUACCUAGCGAGAUCGCUUCUAUGAAGACGCUGAAGCUGCUGUGGCUCAACGACAACAAACUGGAGUGGCUACCACAGGCUCUAUGCGAGCUUACCGAGCUGGAGGAGCUACAGGUGAAGAACAACCCCAUGCGGAACCUUCCUAUGUUUAUAGCCAGCAAAUUAACUGCCCUCAAGGUGUUUGAAUGGGAAGGCUGUCCACUGAUCCAACAGCUAUCGGAAGCUUGUCAAAAGGGUCUUCCAGGAGUUGUUGAACACCAGUCCCAGCUUCAUAAGAAAGCUGAGCAGAAGGUUGUUGUUCAUAUCAGAGCAGAUGUUGAUGGGGGCAGCAAGCGGCCGUGCUAUCGUAUGAGGUUUAGGCCAAGGGGAGUUGCAAUGAUUAUUGAUAACUUUUGCACCUUAGAGACUGGAGAAUUCUUAAAUGGAGAGGAGUCGAGGUGUUCCUCCAGUGAUGGAAUAGAAUUUCCAAAAGUCGAAGACAGUACAGAUCGUUUACGCAGCGUCCUGAUCAAGCUAGGAUUCAACGUUCGCAUCAUGCGGGGCCUGAUGUCCCUGGACAUCAUCUCAGCUCUACGCUUCCUUAGUCUAGAGGACCACUCCUACUUCGAUUGCGUCAUCGUCUGCAUCCUCUCUCAUGGGUCCCAAGGCAAAAUCGUCGGUCCAGACGGCAUCGCCGUCGACGUUCUCCAACUGACGGACAUCUUCUCUCGUGAAAACUGCCCCACACUGGCCGACAAGCCCAAGCUGUUUUUCUUGCAGAUCCUUGAGAGCGACGCCAAGGGUGGCCGAUCUCCAAGAGGUGACGCCCCAGCAGCAGCAGCAGCAGCAGAGGUCAGGCAAGAUCACAAUGUAAGCAUGAUUCCAGAUGACUAUGACUUCCUAUUGACCUUUGCCCUGAUCCCCAGAGGGUCAAUGAGUGAAUCUCUUCGGAGUGUCUACCACCUCUACGUCGGGGUGCUCUUUAAUAUGCUGGAGACUUUUGCUAGGAAGCUCAACCUACUUGACGUGAUGACGACGGUACACGGAGAGGUCAAAAAGCGAAGGAUACGACGGGCAAACUCCAAAGAAUCCUGGCUGCAAAUCGCACCUGAGAUACAGACUACUUUGAGAUACAACCUGUACUUGAGUAUUGGGUGAAUCGCAGCAUCAUUUGUGCAAUCAGGCCUAGUCAAAUUUAAUGGCUGCAGAAGGUUAUGAGUAUUUAAGGCUAGUGUCUUAAAUAGAAACAUCCGUCGCCGGAGACUCUGUCGGAAAACUUGGGCUUGAAGAGGAUGAUUCAAAAGAGGGCGCUAGGGGGGGGGGCACAUAAUAUCCGGGUUGAUUCUUCCGCCACUGAAUGACAAAAAUCACAAGUUUCACGUUGUAGUUGCACCCACAGCCAAAGCCAAUGUGGCACAAGUAUCCAAUACCCGGAUUCAUUAACAAACUUCUACUGAAAGCGCCUUCUUUCAAUUAAUCCUCCUUCAGUCUAAUUUCACAUGGGGGGGGGGCAGAAACUCAAGGGACGGAUUUCCCUCUGACCCUAAAUGUGCCUGUGUUUUGAAUGAGAAAGUGUUCCAUCAUACAAUGGUAUAACCCUAAUAAUUGUUCUGAAGUGUGACAGGAGUUGAACUGACAGUGAUUUUACUGGAGGGGUGGCUGUGCGGUCUAGACAUGAUUCUAGUGAAUGUCACAGCCCGAGAUUCAGUCAAGGUUUUGCAACUGCAGCAUAUAGGAAGCUAUAAAAAAUGUAAAGCAAAAACAGACAGCCACAGUCUCUAAGAAAAAAUAAAAUAACUGUGUUGAAUUUGUUGGCAACAAAGCAGCCAAUCACGUGUAAUAAUUUGUAUUGAAAGUUGCAGAAAUGUUGAACUUGGUAACAGCAUCUAUUAAAAGAAAAGUAGCCUGUACAUGUGUACGUUUGGUGCAGGCCAUACCCCUAAACUGCAGUAACAACUUACUUGUUCAUCAAGAAGUGAAGCAGCUUAUGACAGUAUGAAGUAUUUUGAGAAACUUUCACUGCGAAGUAAUGUGGAAGUGGUAAACUACAAGUUUUCAUCCCCCAAAAUUUGAAUUUGAGAAACGUUACUGCCAGAAACGUAACUCGGGUUUUAUAUUCCAAUAGUGGAUAACCAAUCAUGUGCUCGGAUAUAAACGUUCCGGAUUUUUUUGCGAUAUAAACAUUACAAGGGUAAGUCCAGAUUUUGAUAAAUAUUAAGCCAAAAAGUAGACAAAUCACAAGGUGUAAUAUCCAGCAUUGUGAUCAAAAUUGGACCAACAAAUUUAAAACAUCACAAGGGUUAAGUCCAGCAUUUUGAUCAAAUUGGAUCAAAAAUCACAAGUGGGCAAGUCUAGCAUGUUAUCAAAAAUUGGGUCAAAAAGUGAAACAAUCACAAGGGGUAUGUCCAGCAUUUCGAGCAAAAUUGGGCAAAAAAAUUAAAUAAAAAAAUCACGAGGGGUAAGCCAAGCAUUUUGACCAAAAUUGGGCCGAAAAAUUAAAUUAUCCCAAGGGGUAUGUCCAGCAUAAUAUGAGACCUACCUAUGGGACACCAUGACUACAAGGUGCUAUGGCGCAUACAGCAGCAUGUAUGUCCAGUAUUUCGAUCAAAAUUGGGCCAAAAAAAUGAAAACAUCUUUAUGGAUAAGUUCAGCGUUUCGAUGAAUGGGCCCAAAAGUGAAACAAUCACAAGGGGUAAGACCAGCGUUUCGAUGAAAAUUGGGCCAAAAAGAAGAAACAUUACAAGGUGUCAGUCCAGCAUUUUGGUCAAAAUUGGGCCAAAAUAUCACAAGGGGGCAAGUCCAGGAUUUCGUUCAAAAUUGGGCCAAAAAGUGAAAAAAGUCACUGGAGGCAAGUCCAGCAUUUUAUCAUGAAGCUCGCUAGUAGUCUCUUAUGCACAGGCGACGGAGGUUAAUCUAGCAAGAGGGCGCUAUUUCAUGUAUCGGCUAUCUGCUAGACUAAAAAAGAUUAUUGCAAAGAUAGAAGACUUGAAACCAAGUCUAAGUCCGCCCUAGCCAGUCGAUGUUGCGCCCUCUACCAUUCACUACUACAACGUUAAUAUCCACAGCAACGAGGCAAGAAAUGAGCCUGGAGACGAAUAAUAAACAAGGACUGUUGAAUAAUUUUUGCUUAGUUUAGUUUUGUUUAUUGUUGAGCUAAUUUCGCCACAAUGCAUAUGCUUGAUAUAUUAAAGUUAACAGACUGAAGGUAGUUUCAUAAGUCAGCAAGAUUAGAACCCAUUGAUGGCCAAAAUGUGGCACUUUUACAACCCAUUAAGUAUAAUAAACUGACAUAUAUAUAAGGCAAUGUAGCAAAACAAAAUGGAGAAAUAAACAAAUUAUCAAGCUCCAAAAACUGGAAAUCAUCGUCUGUCACAAUACAUGCCAAACUCUCUUUGAUUGUUUCUAAAUACUUUGGUAUCGCAUUAUUAUAACCCUUUGCUUUUAACCAUUAAAACCAAAUGAAGAAAAAAAAACCACACAUGCAUAUUUUAUUCAGCUUCAUAGAGUUAUGUCACAAGGAAUGUGUCCAAUGAAUUGCCAGAUCGUCUUCGACUGUAUGUUGAAUGCAGUCAUUAAUGCAACACCUUUACUUUUUGAAGGUUUACAGAAUACAUGUAUAAAUGCUGCAUAAAUGCAUGUACUUGUAAAUUAGAAAGUUGUUCAAUUUAAAUAAAUGAUAAAUUUAACAUUGGGCCUAAAUUAACUGGAACUACCUACACAGUAACUUCGGUAACCCUGCAGAAAUUCGUUUCAUGCAAGAUAACUUUUGGUUCUUAAAAUGCAUAAGAAGACGCAAGUGUAUUUUGUGGUUUGCUACCUUGAUCUAGCCCCCCACCAGGGCUCUUCAUGUAUACCAAGUUAAGUCAACACGGGCUAGACUUGGUCCAAUCCUUCGACUUAUAAAACACACUUCGUGUUAAUGCCUUAUAAAAAGGAACAAGUUUCUUGGCAUUGGGUUGUAUUGUCCAAGUCAAAAAAAGGCUUAAAUAAUAUUAAGUACACGUUUGCAAAAAUAUAAGUGAACAAAAGAGCCUCAAAAUAGACCUCAAAGAGUAACAACAGCGUCCGAAAAAGUUGAGAAA